AUUAUGGUCUUACGGUAUGAAAAUUCAACGCCAUCUUUCAUUGAGUUUGAUGAUGAAUUUUUGGUGGUUGAAAAUUGUUCGUUAUUGGCUGCGUAUGGUAUUAACGCGGAAAAUAAAAUGAAAGAACAAGUUGGUUCUUAUCAUUAUAGUUUAGGUCUUAGGACAGACAGAUUACCACCAGUUGUAUUUAUCAAAGAUCGUGCACCAUUCUUGAACGUUUUGCACGCGUGUCGUUCUCUGUUAAAUACAAGGCCAAACAAUUAUCACAAUACCUCUCACAAGCAUACAUAUCGAAAUGGUCCAUCUCAGAAGAAUUAA